CUCAGUAUAUUUUUGAAAACAAAAUUAAACAAUGCGAUAGGCUGGUAACACUGUCACACAGCUGUUUUUGGCUGCAAGCAAACAUAGCAACAACAACAAAUUCGAAAAUCUCUUGAAGUAAACGCAGACAAAACGGUCAGGAAAUCAUAUAUUGCUGAAAUCAUUGGGCUAGGCCUAUUAUUGCGUACUUUUAGCAUGGCCUGGCGCUCCGUCGGUGCAAACAAUGCAGAUCUUAUUCGUCAGCUACGGGAUUACGGCGUAAUUUCAACCGAAUCUGUUGCAAAUGCAAUGAUAGCAACGGAUCGCAAACACUACUCUCCUCGUAAUCCGUAUAUGGAUGCACCGCAACCCAUUGGCGGAGGCGUGACCAUAAGCGCCCCCCACAUGCACGCGUUUGCUUUGGAAUAUUUACGGGAUCAACUCAAGCCCGGCGCUCAUGUGCUCGAUGUCGGCUCAGGCUCCGGUUAUUUAACUGCUUGCUUCUAUCGCUAUGUGCAGGCGAAGGGCGAUAAUGCGAACACUCGAAUCGUGGGAAUUGAGCAUCAGUCCAGUUUGGUUGCAAUGAGUAAAACUAACCUGAACGCUGAUGAUCCCAGUAUGCUAGAGUCGGGCAAAAUGAUUAUUGUUGAGGGAGAUGGACGUAAAGGACAUCCUUCACUAGCGCCCUACGAUGCCAUACAUGUGGGCGCAGCAGCACCAGACACACCUACCGAAUUAAUAAAUCAAUUGGCAAACGGAGGUCGCCUCAUAGUUCCUGUUGGUCCGGAGGGUGGCACGCAGUAUAUGCAGCAGUACGACAAGGACGCCAAUGGCAAGGUACAAAUGACACGUCUGAUGGGUGUCAUGUAUGUACCUUUAACGGAUUUACGGUCCUGACUGCAUAAUCUAUGGAAAGCGCUGGUCGUUGUGGUGCUGCUUGGUUACGUGCUCUAUCGAUUAUGGGUAGAUUAUUAUUAGCUUUAUUUUUAACGAAUAUUAACGGCAAACCCUCAAGUUUGAGUAAUUACCAUAGUAAACAUACCUAAAU